GCUCCCCGCAUGUCACAUCACGCACUGCCCUAGAUUCCCGGCUAGCAAGCAGGCACUGAGCGCGGCACCGUUGGAGUUAAUCCCCGGGACGAACAGGUGAAGUGGGUGGGGCUUCCCAUGCUAAUAGUAACCGUGACGUCAGCAUCUGGGAGCAGUGAAACCACAGCGAGAGAGGGAUCUGCAGCAGCACACACUACUAGUGGGGAUCAGCAGCCCUCAUACCAGGGAGCAACAGAUACAAAGAGAACCAAGAGACGGCCACACAGAGCCAGGAGAUCGCUGCAACGCCAGGAGACACCUGCAAAGCCAGGAGACACACAAAAGAGCUAAGAGACAGCCAGAGAACCAGGAUACAACCACAGGGACAGCCAGAGAGCCAGAAGACAGCUGGGUCCAGUACCUAGAGGAUGCAGAUCCCCCUGUUCCUCCUCCUCGGGCUGUGUGCAGUCCUGCAGGCCCAACAGGUCUCAGUCAAGGACAAGUUGACUGGCUUCAUUGGUCAGGAGGUCAUUUUGCCAUGCACGAUCACCAACCAGGACCCCAACGUGCACGUAAGCCAAAUAAUGUGGAUGAAAGAUGGCGUCAAUGUGGUGGCUUACAGCCCUGUCCUUGGCACCCACCCGAGCGACGCAGCCCACUUUCAGUUACUGGAGCCCUCAGAAAACAACGCAACACUCCGGAUUCUGAAUGUCCGUGCCACUGAUGAAGGAGAAUAUGUGUGUGAGGCAACUACCUUUCCACAUGGUAACCGCAACGCAGCUACCGCACUGACUGUCAAAGCGAUGCCACAAAACUCUGCAGUAGUCAGUUCUGGAGUGGUGGCUGGUGACCAGGAACAGGUUGUAGCUACAUGCAGAUCGGCCAAUGGAAGGCCUCCGCCUGGGAUCACGUGGCAGACGAGUCUUGCAGGCAAUGUGAGCAAUACCGUAACCAAUAACAGCGAUGGAACAUCCACUGUAGUCAGCCAGUACUUGACUAAGCCAACAUGGACAGCGGAUGGGAUGCCGAUCCUAUGUAUCAUCAACUAUGAGUCAACUGAGACACCCAUUCCUUUGAAAUUGUCCGUGCAGUACCCCCCUAUGGCUACCGUUGAUGGAUUUGAUGACAACUGGCACUUAAAUCGCAAGGGUGCUUACCUGAGUUGCGUCGGCAGAGGAAACCCCCCUCCCACGUCAUAUACCUGGAAAACUGCAGAUGGGUCUCCACUUCCUAGCUCUGUCCGGGCACAGAACAAUAUUCUAUAUGUGGACGAAGUGGAUGAGCGCGUCAACAGAACGUUUCUAUGUGUAGUCACCAAUGCCCUUGGGAGCAGGGAAUUCCGUCAGGAUGUAUUUGUGAGAGAGCAUGCAGUGCUGGCGCAGACAAACGCGGGAGCCAUCGCCGGGGGGGUAAUUGGGGGGAUUCUGUUCCUCCUCCUUCUGGCUGCCAUCAUCUUCAUCGUCAUCAAGAGGGGAGGACUACAGAACAAGAAGGACCGUGGAACUUACAAUCCAAAAACCAGAGUAUUUGGCACUGGUAAACCAUCUCAGGAAUUCACCUACCAAGACGAUGGCGAGUUAGACAAACCCCUCAAAUCUUCUGGUCCCAUGAGAGACAGCGGGCUAAGCCCCUCACUAGGAGAAGAGGAGGAGGAAGAGGAAAGGAUGAAAUACAAAGUUCUGGAAGACGACGAAGAGGAAGAGAGAUUUAAUGAGGUGGGGCCCAUGCUACAACUUAGACCUCAUCCUCAACAUGACUCUUAUCUGGAUGACGACAUGGAGUCACAGAAUGAUGGCUCCUUUAUCUCCAGGACUGCAGUAUAUGUGUGAGACUCCAUAUCCGCAUUCUGUGUUUGUGCCCUUUUCAAGCGCCUGGAUUGCAGAGUGUGUAUAAUCUGCCCCAGUUGUAUGAACUGUAGAGUAUAUGUAACUCUACCCGUCCCUGUCCCUCCACUCAUCUGGAGUCUAUCUAACUUAAUUUACACCAUGAGCCAUCUGGACUGCAAUGUACAUAUACAGUAGGAAUAAUCCCCUUGUUUAAACUCGAUCUUCAGUCAGGUAUGUGCAACCCUUCUCACCCUUUCAAUAAUUAGAAAUGCAAUUUAUACAAAAUAUCCUGUAAAUGGUCACUGGGAUUCCAAUUGAUUCAGAACCCCUUAAAAACACUCCUCAAGACUGUUGAACAGGUAAAUCCUUUCCCUUAUUCCCUACUAAAGACAGCAGUGUACUGUUGUUGCCCUUACUUUGGACUAUUAAGAGACUGUUUUGAACAUGAAUUUCCCUUAUCUCACUGCAUCUUGGUUACCCCUCAUUAUUUCAGGGGGCUGGGUACUGCGUAGGGGGGAGCUACUCUGGCCUUAUGUAUGAACCUGCUGUGUCAGGAUGUGGCUGCCUUUGGAAGUAUUUAAGGGUCUGCACUGGAGAUUUUAUUGAAGGGGUUUGCACUAAUAGAAACAAAGAAGAAAGGAUUAAAGAUUAAUAUGAAGGAAAUUAAACUUUGGUUUAAUAAAAACAGUCGGGAUAUUUUAUGUUUUUGAUUUUAUGCUAUUAUUUUUUUUGUAUUUCUGUAAAAAAAAACAGAUUUUAAUAAACAUUAAGUAAAAACUUG